CUUUGCAGGCCGAGAGGCCGACCCGACCCCCUGUCCCCCUCCUACUACUUCCCCCUCCCUCCUACCCCGGCCCUAUAUAUGCAAAGUGAACCCUUCUUCUACGGCCACACCGGCAUUCCACUGCUGCUAUCUGCUCCGCACACUCCAUUGCUAGCUGUAACGCACUGCAAGAAAGAGCUAGCUAGCUCACCGUCGUUACGAAGAUGAUCAAGCUGAGGUACCCUAAGAAGCUGUUCAGGAGGAGCUCCUCCAAGGGCAGCAGCACUACCAGCAGCAGCAGCAGCAGCGACGGCGAUGCCGCCGGCAGCGCCCGCGGCGGGGAGAUCGAGUGGGAGGUCCGGCCGGGCGGCAUGCUGGUGCAGAAGAGGGACGACGGCAGGGGGCACGUGGACGUCAUCACCGUGAGGGUCGCCACCGGCUUCUCCUGGCACGACGUCUCCGUCGUGGCUACCUGCACUUUUGUGUGGGCGUGCAAAAAAACGAUUGCAGGUGAGCUGAAGGCGGUGCUGUGGAAGAUGACAGGGCUGGAGCCUCGGGAGCAGAGGCUCCUGUUCAGGGGCAAGGAGAGGGAGGACGGCGACCACCUCCACAUGAUCGGGGUGAGGGACAUGGACAAGGUGCUGCUCCUGGAGGACCCUGCCCUCAAGGACAUGAAGCUCCGGGCCGGGCUCACGGCGGCGUAUCGUCAGACUUUCAUCAGGGUGUAAUAGUAGGCUUAGGCUUGCCGCCCCCGCCCCCUAAUUAACUGUGAUGCAUGAUAGAGAGAGAGAGAGAGAGAGAGAGUAAACGAACCAGUAUCGUGUUUUCGGCUGCUCAGCUGGGUCGGUGAACGACUGCCUGCCUGUUGAAGAGAAGCCACUGCUUGUUUUUGUUUAUGUUUAGCUGUGUCUUUUGUCAUUUUUGCAGGGUAGAGAGAUGAAUCACGUACGCUGAGUUUUUACUGGCCUAGCUAGCAAGCUCCACACACGUACAGUUUCGACUUUUGAUUGAAGGGCUUCCCAGUCCCAGGCUCCAGCAGCACCUGAUAUGUGGACACAUUCUUCCGUUCACCCCCUUGGUUAAUUAUUGUGCAGUUUCGUCAGGUGCUUGCUUCAAAA